AUGAGCCAUAACAAUGGCGAGUGGAGCGCGGGACCGCCUCAUCGCACCAUCCGCGCCCUAAACGCAGCUAGUCCUAUGAUACCGCGCGGACGUAAUUGGAUGUCCAGUGCAAAUAUUGAAUUCCAUUUAUGCCGGAACGAGUUUACGGCUUGUUAUUCAAUUACCACUAUUGCCUUCGCGCUAGCAUUACGUGCGAGCUAUUUGGAUGACGGCGGCCUGUCUGCGUGCGGUGCGAUAAUGAGGCGCGCCGUGUGCGGUUGCCAAGCGGCCGCAGCGGAAAAUUUGGCGGGAAGCGAUCGGCGCCGCGGCCGUGGACUGUGCAUUUUAAGUGACAUCAAUCGAUGCGCGGUCGGGCGUGCACGUGUGCAAGUUGUUUAUGCGCCGCAGAAGCCGCGAGGUUUUGCGCGACUGCCAAAUGCGGGAGUUAGCUCCGUUCAAAGUGGCUUU